CCCCCGCGAUCGGACGCUCUUGCGCGCGUUCUCUCGCAUCUGUCAUCGUGUAUUUCGUCGCGAGUCGAGUGAUAGACGCGUGCGGAAGUACGGGACACGCUUGACGAUUGAUAUGUCGAUCGAAUCGCGAUCGGAACGAUGUGAAAAUACGUCGCGGGUUUCGUUAAUAAAGUUGGAAGAAAACUUUUUCAAACGCGACGUAUGCGCCGCGCAUCGUAGUCAGUGUUCUCAACAGUGCAACCGGAAAGUGCGCGAGUAGCUGUCAGUGGUGCCACAUGUCAAACGUGAAAAUCGCGCAGUCGCGAAAAGAAGCGAGAAAGUCGUUCGUCGUUGAGUGAAGCUUUUUUCAAGCUACGCAAACGCGUAAUGCAUCGCGAGUGUAUAUGUGUAUUGUGCGUCGGAAUAAAUGAUUGUCUACAAGGAUACAUCGACAAUCGUCGCGGCGGAGCCCGGAAUAAUUUCAGAAAUUGGACGCUUCCUCGCAGGUAGGAAUAAGUGAAGUUUGCCGCGAAUUUUUGCCGUCGACUUAAGCGACACCUUAUCACUGCUAAAACGCAGUCGCGAUAAUGACGUGCCGAGUGAAAACGAGAAAGAAUAUCACAUAUAUUUAUGAUUUCGCGAAGGACUGAGAAGCGGCGCGUACGUAUUAAUAAAACUAAUUAAAACUAUUGAAAAUAAAUAUUGUUUGCGAGCGAGUAUAAAAUCGGAAAUAUAUAUCAGAAAAGAAGUCAUUAAAUUUGUAGGCAGACUCGUUUCCAAAUACUCUAUAAUCGCUGCAAAACAUGUUGACAAUCUCACCGUUGAUUUGCGCGAACCCGAGAAUCGUGUGUUUAGUGUAUUUUUGUAAAUUCUUCGCCGAGAAUGAAGGUUUUUUUCCCCGAGUCGUAAAAUUUUGAAACGAUACGUGUGUAUCGCGUCGCGAGUGUGCUUGAUUUGUGCGAAUAAUGUGAAGAGAGAAUCGGCGAUAAGCAGGUGGUCUUCGUGGCCGAGCUCGGGCUGCUUCUGAGAAUUGAGCGAGUCGAGGGCCGGCGCGAUGUGGCCUGGAGCUCUACCCUUCCUGGUGUUACUAGCGAUCCUGCUGCAUCCCUCGAGAUGUACGCAGACGCCGCAGAAGAUGGUGAACUUCCGAGAGAAGGAGAAGCAGGUGCUCGACAACAUCCUAGGACCAGGCCGAUACGAUGCGCGCAUCCGGCCGAGCGGAGAGAACAGAACAGAUGGGCCCGCGGUUGUCCGCGUCAACAUAUUUGUUCGAAGUAUCUCAAAAAUAGAUGACGUUACCAUGGAAUACUCCGUACAAUUAACAUUUCGGGAACAAUGGUUGGAUGAGAGAUUACAAUUUGACGACUUUGGAGGUAAACUUAAAUAUUUAACCCUUACGGAGGCGUCGAGGGUCUGGAUGCCGGAUCUGUUUUUCUCAAACGAGAAGGAGGGUCAUUUCCACAAUAUCAUUAUGCCGAACGUAUAUAUACGAAUUUUUCCCAACGGCUCGGUUCUUUACAGCAUACGGAUAUCCUUGACGCUCUCCUGCCCCAUGAAUCUGAAAUUGUAUCCCCUGGAUCGACAAGUUUGCUCACUUCGUAUGGCCAGUUACGGAUGGACGACGGACGACUUGGUCUUUCUCUGGAAGGAAGGCGAUCCCGUUCAAGUGGUGAAGAAUUUACAUCUACCCAGGUUCACCCUGGAGAAAUUCCUCACGGAUUACUGCAAUAGCAAAACGAACACCGGAGAGUACAGCUGCUUGAAAGUGGACCUGCUAUUCAAGAGGGAAUUCAGCUACUAUCUCAUCCAAAUCUACAUCCCGUGCUGCAUGCUCGUUAUCGUGUCCUGGGUGUCUUUCUGGCUGGAUCAGAGCGCCGUGCCUGCCCGAGUGUCACUAGGCGUUACGACACUGUUGACGAUGGCCACGCAGACAUCAGGGAUAAACGCCUCACUGCCACCGGUCUCUUAUACCAAGGCCAUUGACGUUUGGACGGGGGUGUGCUUGACCUUUGUGUUUGGCGCUUUACUCGAAUUCGCGUUGGUCAACUACGCGUCGCGCAGCGACAUGCACAGCGACAACAUGAAGAAGCAGUUCCCGCCGAGCGAAAUGGAGCAUUCGUCGUCGAUCGACCCAUCCUCGGAGCUGCUCGAGCCGGACGGAUCCGCCAACUUCGCCAUGAAGCCUCUCGUCCGACACCCGGAGGAUUCCAUGUCGAUGGAUAAAUUGCGGCAGUGCGAAAUACAUAUGCAACCCCGGAAAAAAAACUGCUGCAGGUCGUGGCUGUCCAAGUUCCCGACGAGGUCCAAGCGCAUCGACGUUAUCUCACGGAUCUUCUUCCCAAUCGUAUUCGCUUUCUUCAACCUCGCGUACUGGUCCACGUACCUGUUCCGGGAGGAGGAGGAGGGCGAGUAAACCACGAAGAGGAAGCGCUCGGAUCAACAAGGGAAGUGGCUCGCGGCCAUCCUCAGCAACAACAGUUC